UUUAAAUGGCAAGAAGGGAGACUCUCUGAGGAAAGUCUCUAACUGAAAAUAAAUUUUUUUUAAAAAUAAUUAUAAAUAAAAAAACGGAAGAGAGAAAAAAAAAAAAAUAAUAUCACUCAAAAUUCCAUAGUUUGUUUCUCUCUUUCAAUUUCAUGUUGAAUUAGUCCUUUGGGUAGACUUCUUCGUCUUCCUCCGUCCGCGUCGCCGUAAGACGCCGCCUCGGCAGUAUCUGUAACCGCCGUGGUGCUCGUCUUCUUCUCUCCGUCAUCUGAGAUCUGGAGAUUGAACAUAAACAAUAUAAAAAGAUGACAGCAACAAGCAAGACGGAUCAAAAAGCGGCAUUAGACAUUGCAUCAUGGCUAUUCAAUGUUGUUACUUCCGUUGGAAUCAUCCUCGUUAACAAAGCUUUAAUGGCUACUUAUGGUUUUAGUUUCGCUACUACAUUAACCGGUUUGCAUUUCGGAACAACCACAUUGUUGACCACUUUCUUGACAUGGCUUGGUUAUAUCCAACCUUCUCAGCUUCCUUGGCCUGAUCUUUUCAAAUUCGUUUUGUUCGCUAACUUCUCUAUCGUUGGCAUGAACGUUAGUCUCAUGUGGAAUUCUGUUGGUUUCUACCAGAUUGCGAAGCUGAGUAUGAUCCCGGUUUCUUGUCUUCUUGAAGUUGUUCUUGACAAUGUCAGGUAUUCUAGAGAUACAAAGCUCAGCAUUUUGUUAGUUCUUGCUGGUGUUGCCGUCUGUACUGUCACCGAUGUUAGUGUUAAUUUCAACGGCUUUCUCGCUGCCGCUAUUGCUGUCUGGAGCACCGCCCUUCAGCAAUACUAUGUACAUUAUCUACAGCGGAAAUAUUCGCUCGGUUCUUUCAAUUUACUGGCACAUACUGCUCCAGUACAAGCUGCAUCAUUGUUGUUGGUCGGACCAUUUCUAGACUACUGGCUAACUAACCAGAGAGUGGAUGCAUUCAACUUUUCAUUUGUUUCUCUGUUCUUCUUGAUACUUUCGUGCAGUAUCGCGGUGGGGACCAAUCUCAGCCAAUUCAUCUGUAUCGGAAGAUUCACGGCGGUGUCUUUCCAAGUACUUGGUCACAUGAAGACAAUUCUGGUUUUGGUUUUGGGAUUCACUUUCUUCGGCAAGGAAGGUUUAAACAUACAAGUAGUACUUGGAAUGCUCAUUGCCAUCCUUGGUAUGAUCUGGUACGGUAAUGCAUCUUCUAAACCGGGCGGUAAAGAGCGUCGUAGCCUCUCUAUUCCCAUAACCAAGUCACAGAAACUAUCUGAAACAACCGAAUCUGAUGAGAAGGUGUAGUAGAAGAAAGAAAUAAAGAGAGAAAUGAUCGCAUUGACAUAGAAACAAAAACAAGAAACUCAGAUACAAAACAGGUAGAGAGUAUCAAAUGGGAUAUUUUAUAAACAAAAAAAAUCAAAGUGUUUAAAUUAUUUAAUCUACUGAACUAUAAUUUUACAGAGCCUUUUUUUUUUUUUGGGUUUUUCUGCACUAUUUAUAUUUUGGUUAAUCUUUUCUUUUUGGCC